UUAUUUAAUUUAAACAAAUUAAUAAGCAUUUUCUUUGUAUAAAACUGUAAUGAUGGACAAAGAUCUAACUUAUGCAUAUUUCAAGCCAAGAAAAGAUUUUGGAAAACAGCCUCUAUUUUGUGAAGUUGAUUCACAUUUGAUUGAUUCAAUAAGUCCCAGCAAACAUGAUCAACAGCAAUAUUGUUUAAGAAACCCUGUGAAUCAUGACACUCAAACAAGUAAUCACUGCUCAGAAAAGUACAUGAAUACGAAGGAACUAAUUGUUGAACAUGCUGGUAUUAAUCACACUGAAGGUGGUUGGCCAAAAGACAUUCAUGUGGAUGAUGAAGAAGCCACGUCCAGAUAUUGUCGCCGAGUUGAAAGAGACGAUGCAUAUAUACAUACUGUGCUGUCAACUUAUCCUCAAUUUAAAAGUUACAUCGAUCAAAAUAAUGGUAUAGAAAUGUACGACAUGUUUUUCAAAAAUAUGCCAACUCAAAAAUCCGUUGAAAAGUCUAUGAUUCAAGUCGGGAAUGCUUUUAAAGAUGACCAAGAAAGACCAAUUAGUAGCAUCAGUUGGACAUUUGAAGAUAAUUCAAAAAUGGUUGUGGCUUAUUGUAAUAAACAAUAUCCACUAAGCCAACUUGUAAAUAAAGAUUUUACCUGCUCUAUUUGGGAUAUAGAAAAUCCCAAUUCACCCAUGUUACAAUUGCAUCCUACUUCAGCUUGCUGGCAGCUGGUGUGUUCACCUGGAAAUUCAAAUGUGAUUGUUGGUGGUCUAGAAGAUGGAACAGUUUGUAUUUUUGAUACACGUGUUAAUUCUCAAUGUACUUCUUCAAGUCCACUGCAUUUAGCACAUCGAGAUCCAAUUUCUAGUCUUAUUUAUAUUCCAUCACGCUUAAAUACGGACUUUUUUAGUGCAUCUACCGAUGGCAUGUGUAAGUGGUGGGACGUACGUAAUACGUCUUCACCUACUGAUACUUUGAUAAUAUCUAUACAAAUUCCGCCUGGUGAAUCUAAAAGUAUAGCUAAUUCAGAAGGGAUUAGUUCAUUGCAAUAUGACAGAUCAUUUCCGACAAAAUUUUUGUGUGGAACAGAUACAGGUUUUGUAAUCAACGUGAACAGAAAAGGUAAGACACAUAAUGAAAUCAUGAGUGCAGUAUUCGCUGCACAUUAUGGUCCUGUUCAUGCAGUUCAUCGAAGUCCAUGUACUUCAAAAAUUUUUAUUACUUGUGGUGACUGGCGGGUUAAUAUUUGGAGUGACGACAUUCAUUCGGGUCCAAUUAUUACAGGGAUGAAGCACGUUAAAAAAAUAACCGAUGUAGUAUGGUCUCCACAUCGUAUUUCAAAUUAUAUGUCAAUUUCUGCUGAUGGUAAAUUCCGUGUUUGGGAUCUUUUACGUAAAUACCAUGAACCAGUCAUAACAUUACCGGUAUCAAAAUAUCCUUUACUGAAACUCAAGCCCCAUGAAGAUGGUCAGAAAGUGGCUGUUGGAGAUAAAAAAGGCAUAGUAUAUCUUUUGUAUUUGUCUGAAAAUUUAGUAAUAUCAAGUGAGACAGAUAAGCCAUUAAUGUUAAAAAAUUUUGAUCGCGAAACACGCCGUGAACAUAUUUUAGAAUCAAGAGUGAGAGAAAUUAAAUUAAGACUUAAGUUAGAAGAUGAAAAACCUGUUGAUAUGGGUAUAAUAGAUAAUGAAGAAGCAAUCUUAAAAGUAACAGAAGAUGAAUAUAGAAGUAAAGUAUCGCAAGAGAUGUUGAAUAUUGGAAGCUCAGCAGCUAUUAGUGGCUCCAAAGGACGUAAAAAUAUUCAAAUGCGUGAAAGAUAAAAUUUCGUUGCUUGUAUUUUUUUAAUUGUAGUUGAAGUAUUGAGGUUGUCAUGUAAGAUUGUUUUUGUUUUUCAUAAGAAGGAAACUGAUAGGCCUGUUUCAAUAUUAUUGUACUGAUGCAAACAGGUUUAAAGCAAUAAUAAAAUUCUGUAAUAGA